CGCUGCGUAAAUAUGAAUUCGUUGGAAAUCUUACAAGCACUGGGCCAUCUGCGUGUCAGAUAUGCGGGAGUCUAUCCUGCCGACAGACUGCCGAGGGUGUGGACGAGGUCGACCGCUAUCGUCGCUAACACAGACAACCACGAUCAACCUGGCCGGCACUGGGUCGCCUUCUACGUCGACGAACACGGCACCGGAACGUAUUUCGAUAGCUACGGACUCCCCCCUUGGACCCCAGAUUCCUCCUACGCCUACGUCGAAACUCCACCACCCACCGAUGGAACACCGCCACCCUGCAAGGAAUACUCUCUCAAACCUGCGGACACUACUGCUGCGUAUUUCUAUAUUUUAUGUCUAACGGUUAUAAUCCUGGGCAGUUUCUUAAUCUAUUUACCGAUGAUUGUGAACGCAAUGACCGACUGAUUGUACAACUAUUUCGUAAAAUUUUUCUUUACAAUAAAAACGAAUGCGUAAAACCCCGUGCUGCAUGCUGUAAUGUUCAAUCGUGUAGUAUUAAAAAAUCGCGACUCUUAUAAAAUCAUCGUAUGUACAAUUUCCCAACAUGUUCAUGCGUACAUAAUUACAUUCUCUUAAUAAAAGCUUAUGUAACCCCGACUCUCGUCUACUUCUUUCACCCUGCGACCUUCUCUCUCGUAAUUUCAAUACCAUUGCGCAUAACAAAGAAACCUGUUCAUUCCUGUUUUCCUCCGGUCAAACGCCCUCCCCCUCACGGCGCCAUCGGACCCACGUUAAACGCACGACAUAGCACCGCUCCCAAAGAAACCUGUUCAUUCCUGUUUUUCCUCCGGUCAAUUCCCCUCCCCCCACCUCACGGUACCAUCGGACCCACGCUAAACGCACGACAUAGCACCGUGCCCGUAUUUCCCUCUCCCCCGCUGGGAAAACUUCUCAUUUCCACCCUACUUGCCACACCAUUUUUCUGUCUGGCCCACACGCCAUCUUGUCGGCCCCCCUCCGCGUUUCCCUCUCCGCGCAAAGGAAAACUU